AGACCAAUUCUCAUCCUUACUACAUCACCACUUCAUUGCUAGAAAAAUCACUUCACUCAAAAUUUCAUCAACUUACUCCUAUUCUUAUUCCUUUGCAUUUGUCAUCGAUAAUUCUUAGUUAGCUCGCACGAACUUCAACAAUUAUGAAGAAAGUAGUGUUGAAGGUGGACUUUUAUAAUGAUAGAAUCAAGCAAAAAGUUAUGAAGACAGUAUCUAGCCUUUCAGGGGUUGAAUCAAUAUCAAUAGACUCGAAAGAGAAGAAAUUAACAUUAUCGGGGGAUAUCGAUCCAAUAAAGGCAGUAUGCGAGUUAAGAAAGUUGUGUCAAACUGAAGUAGUUUCGAUUGGACCUCUAAAAGAGGAGAAGAAAGAGUCAACAAUCACACAUGAAGUUAUUCCACUUCAAUACUUUCCAACCUAUCCAUUUUAUUAUCAGAUGACCCCAUCACAAUAUUUUUGAGAUUACUACUAUGUUUGAUGUGCAUAGUAAAAAAAGAAUCCCAAUGGCUAUGCUAGUAUAUUAGUAUAUUUGAUAAACUUUUUUUUAUUUGAAUAUCUGCUAAAUUUAAGAGCAACAUAGAGUUUGACAAAAUACAUCUUGUAUUUUCCUUGAAUUUUAUUUUUACUUUUUUAUGA